AUGGAGAACAUCACCGGUCUACUGCACCAGGCCAAAGCCAUUUGGGCGGCAGUUGCCAUUGUGCUCGCGGUAGGCCUCUACCGUCUGCUGCAAAUUGGGAGACGUGAUCCGCGCAUGCCCCCAGGACCUCCAACUCUCCCUAUCCUCGGCAACUUUCAUCAGAUCCCGUCUAGCGGCUUAUACGCAAAAUUCCGCGAAUGGGCCCAGGAAUAUGGCUCGGUGUUUUCACUCAAGUUCGGUCCCACCAACAUCAUCGUCCUCUGCGAUCGAAAGGCCAUCCAUGCUCUGCUGGACAAAAAAGGCGCUAUCUACUCGGACCGGCCGGCCAGCUAUGUCGGGAAAUUGUUGACCCAAGGCGAUCAUAUCGCUCUGGAACAGAUGGAUCCUAUCUGGCGCGAGAAGCGUAAGGUCAUCUCGCACAAUUUCUCGCCCAAGAACCUGGACGAAAAGCACUUUCUGGUCCAAGAGGCUGAAGCAGCCGUUUUCCUGAACGAUCUGUUGGACAACCCCGAGGGAUUCUUCAAUCAUGUUCGGAGAUACACCGCUUCCUCCGCUUCAGUGCUUGCUUUCGGACACCGAGGACCAACCUUUGAUUCUUUCUGGGGCCAUGUCGUCUACGAUGUCAUGGAUAGAUGGACGGAAGCCAUGGAAGCCGGAGCCAAUCCCCCGGUCGACGAGUACCCGAUUCUCCGGUUCAUUCCCACGCGAUUUGCCUACUGGAAACGGCGGGCGCUGGCAGCGGGUGAAGUGUUCGACAGCAUGUGGGGCAAGGCUCGACGCAUCGUCGAUGAACGUCGUGAGAGGGGAGACAAACGAGAUUGCAUCAUCGACCAUCUGUUGGACGAGUAUAACACGAAAGGAUGGCCCAUGUCGACUCAUGCAUUCAACAACCUGGUGGGCGAAGUGGUCGAAGGCGCGGCUGACACCACUGCGGCGCAGAUCCUGAGUCUGAUCUUGGCCUUUGCCAAAUAUCCCGAAGUUCAGAAGAGAGCACGAGAAGAAAUCGACAAGGUCUGCCCGCCCACCCGGGCGCCCAAGUUCACCGACUUCAAGGACAUUCCGUAUAUCAACCAGGUGGUCAAAGAGGGCAUGAGAUGGCGGCCAGUGGCCGUGACUGGACUCCCGCACCGGGUUCGCGAAGAUGACUACUACGAGGGCAUGUUGAUUCCCAAAGACUCGACGCUCUUCGUGGCGGUCUGGGCUCUCCACCACACGGAAUCGCUGUUUCCAGACAACGACACCUUCGACCCAGACCGAUACAAAGACCACCCGAAGCUGGCGAACGACUAUGCCGGAAUUCUGCUUUGUGGCCCUGCUUUGUCUUGCACAUAUCUACACCACUAUGGCUACGGUGCCGGUCGUCGUCUCUGCCCUGGCAUCCACUUCGCCGAGCGGAACAUGUGGCGAAUUGCCGCCAAGUUGCUUUGGGCCUAUGAGUUCGCCGAGCCCGUCGAUCCGGCCACGGGCAAGACCAUCCCGUUGGACACGCACGCCUACAAUGCCGGCAUCCUGCAGGCUCCGUUGCCGUUCAAGGUGCAGAUCAAGCCGCGCAGUGAGCAGCACGUCGCUACUAUCCGCAAGGAAUUGGCUGGUGCGUUGGAAUUUUUGAAGCCAUGGGAGUAG